AUGCUGAAAUAUUUUGCUCAAUGCGUUUUUAUUUCUAAAUAUAUACAGUAUUAGGAUAUGGUUAUUAGAAUUAGGUAACAUACUAUAUUUUUAUUUCAAAAUAUACAGAUUUUUUUGGCUUGAUAUUCAAAAACAUUUUGUUUGUUGCUUUGAAUUUUGGAUAGUGAAACAAACUCCAAUACAUUUUUGUUGAUUCAUGUUGUGUCAUCAUACCUUAUUUUCUACUUUUUCAUAUUUGAAGGAACACAUUCAAUUAGCAUUGGAUUUAUGGGCUACAAUGCCGCCAUCACAAAACAGUUCUCAACUAUGGGUAGACUUCAUGAAGUGUCAUCCCAAUGGAUGGAAAAUACCGGAAUUGAUGGAUUGUCGAUGAAAUUUAAAAGAGUUGUUCUGAUUGAAUUAGAGCUGUUGAAAAGAUGUGAAGAAGAAGUCGGCAUACUUAAAAAAGAAAUGUCUAGCUACUUGCUUCCUUUUUGCUGCUUGAAGAAACUCUUUACGUUAAGAUUUAAAUCAAGAACUACGAUAUUUUCGAUUCUCACUUUUACCACACGCUUGUCCUAUUCGUACGGAGAUUAGAAGACAAUGUGAAAGUGCGCGAAAAAACUAUAAAAACCCAAUUAAAACUAAUGUGACGUGACGGGUCUUCAUCUCCGAGACGGAUCUUCAUCGUUUAUGUUCAAAACAGUUUUCUUCUUCUCCUCCUUACUCACUCCACGCAGCAUGUUCUAUUGUUUGUAAUCAAUUUAUAUUAUCAACUUGUGUCAAGUCAUUAAAGUAUGUUUCUGAACUAUAAAGGGAAUAAAGAAAUUGAGUUUGUUCCAAAGUCUUUUAGCCCGCAUUCAUUUCAUUCUACUUCAAUCAAAACUAUUAGCUGUAUACUAUUUCAACUAUUUGUAGAAUAUAUUUUUUUAACAAGUACUUAUUUGCUUCUUAUAAUAAUACAAGAUGUAUAGUAUACGUAAAACUAGCUCACCUCAUACGUGGCACUGUAUUAUAUAUAUUCAUUUGUAGAAAUAAAUUGAAAUCAAUCACAAUGGGCUAUCAAACAGAAAGUGAAUGUUUCAAAAUAUCAUUCCGGGCAUGCUAUGUAAUAUAUUAAAAAGGAUGGCCACAAGCUUGAUCAUGUUUUUUUUGAAGUAAUCACAUAAAAAACUUUCUAUAUUAACAAAAAGCAAUAUAUAAAGAAGUAGUAAUCUUCUUGUGAAACAUUCUGUGAUGCCACAGAUGCUAAUGGUUUUGACUUUCGUAGUGCAUGAGCAUAUUUUUUGAAAAAAUAAUUAUUUAAGGAAACUACAAAGAAAAAUUGAGUUACUGUCAGUACAUUCAUAUACAUUAUGAGAACCAUCAUAAAACCAUCCAAUAAACCUGAAAGUAUAAUUCAAAACUUUCAGUCUGUGAAAUACACAAAAUUUCAUCAAGAAUCUACAACUACAAACUACAAUCAUAGACAAGUGCCGACUUCGGUGUUAUGAAAGGCCCAAUUCACCAAAACAACGGAACCUGCUAUGUAUGGAUUGCUUCUAGAAACAGGACCAUUUUCUUAAUUUUUUUUUCAACGACCUAGCUCACCGAAACAAUCAAAUCAAUUAUGUACGGAAUCUUUUUAGAAACAGGAUCCUUUUUCUGAAUUUUUACCAAUGGCUCAAUUUACCGAAAUAACCGAAUCUGUGAUGUAUGAAUUGCUUCUAGAAACAGAAGCUUUUUCGUGAAUGCUUAACAAUGGGCCAAUCCACCGAAACAACUGAAUCUGUGAUGUAUGGAUUGCUUCUAGAAACAGGAGCUCUUUCCUGAAUGAUUAUCAAAGGUCUAAUUUGCGGAAAUAACUGUAUCUCUUACUUAUCAGAGGCUCGAUUUACCAACAUAACCGAAUGUGUUAUGUAUGGAUUGCUUUUAAAAUCGGGAAUUCUCACCUGAAUAUUUUGUGAAGGCAAUUUCGCAAAU